CAAAUCUCUAUGAACUCUCCCAUCUCUCUCUCUAGUUUUUGAGCUUUGAUUUUCGGAACCAAGAAAAACAAGGGAAGAGUGUUUUGUUUAUGCAUGCAGAUAUAUGAAUAGACGCCCAAUGAAUGUCCAUAUCAGCUCGAUCUGAGGUAUUCAUCAUUGUCUUCUAGAAAUGUUGAUACCUAUUCUAACAUGAGCCGGACUGAAGUAUUGAGGAUGAAGCCACCUCUUGUUCCACUUGCAACCUUAAUCGGCCGUGAACUGAGGAACGAGAAUGUUGAGAAGCCUUUUGUGAAGUUCGGGCAGGCUGCUUUGGCCAAAAAAGGAGAAGAUUACUUUCUGGUUAAACCUGAUUGUCAGAGGGUUCCUGGGAAUCCGGAAACGCCUUUUUCAGUAUUUGCGAUCUUUGAUGGUCAUAAUGGUAUAUCAGCUGCCAUUUUUGCAAAGGAGAAUUUAUUGGGUAACGUCUUGGGUGCAAUACCACAAGGUGUCAGUAGGGAGGAGUGGCUUCGAGCCCUUCCUCGGGCUUUGGUUGCAGGUUUUGUGAAAACAGACAUUGAAUUUCAGCAGAGAGGGGAAACUUCUGGGACGACGGUUACAUUUGUUGUGAUUGAUGGAUGGACUAUCACUGUUGCAUCCGUUGGUGAUUCUCGAUGUAUAUUAGACACCCAAGGGGGCAUUGUUUUUCUCCUGACUGUUGAUCACAGGCUAGAAGAGAAUGCAGAAGAAAGGGAGCGUGUCACUGCCAGUGGUGGUGAAGUAGGAAGGCUUAAUGUUUUCGGGGGUAAUGAGGUUGGUCCACUUCGUUGCUGGCCUGGUGGAUUAUGCCUCUCUAGGUCAAUUGGUGACACGGAUGUAGGAGAGUUUAUCGUCCCGAUACCACAUGUUAAGCAAGUGAAGCUGUCAAACGCUGGAGGUCGACUUAUUAUUGCUUCAGAUGGUAUUUGGGAUGCUUUGUCUUCGGAAAUGGCUGCCAAGUCUUGUCGAGGUUUACCAGCAGACCUUGCAGCAAAGAUGGUUGUGAAGGAAGCUUUGAGGUCAAGGGGCCUGAAAGAUGAUACAACCUGCCUGGUUGUUGAUAUUAUCCAAUCUGACCAACCGGUCCUACCUUCAACUCCAAGAAAGAAGCAGAAUAUGCUCAGUUCUAUUCUUUUCAGGAAGAGAUCUCUAAAUUUUACGAACAAGACUACUAAUAAACUUUCUGCCAUUGGAGUUGUUGAGGAGCUGUUUGAAGAGGGUUCUGCCAUGCUUGCUGAAAGGUUGGGUAAGGAUUUCCCCAUGAAUGCUGCAGACUCCGGAAUCUUCAGAUGUGCAGUCUGUCAAUUUGAUCAACCUCCGUCCGAGGGUUUAACUCUGAACUCUGUGCCUUUUUUCUCACCUGGUUCAAAGCCAUGGGAAGAACCCUAUCUCUGCACCAACUGUCGAAAAAAGAAAGAUGCCAUGGAAGGAAAAAGGCCAAGCAUACCCACAGUGAUCGCAUAACAUCCUGUCCGGUAACAAAGUAAAUACCAUGUAUGUUUUUUUUCCUAGCACAUUGAGCUUGCUUGGUUUCUCAUUACCUGUUGAUUACAAUAGAUGUGCGUAAGAAUCAAGGUAGAAAUAGAGUUAGGUGUUCUUUUGCCAUUAUUGUCUGCGAGUUUACGUUGGUUGUUUUACCGACCAACUCCGGACAAAGAUUUAUGCUAUCUGAUAGAUAUUUGUGAGUUUACAUUGCCUGUUUUGUUGACCAAUUCCGAACAAAGAUGCUAUCGGAGAGAUAUUUGUGAUAGAAUUGAUUGC